AUGGGACUCUGCCGUGUAGAGUGUCUGUGUGUGCUAACAUUGGCGAUAAGCGCCCUCGCCUCAAUCAAUGAUAACGCGCUUGAGAGUGGCGAACGUGUUAUCCAAGUUUCACCAGUUCUAGCCCCUCCGAGGGACUCAAGGACUCAUGUGACGGACAGAGCCCGACAGUUUCCUAUAUUAGUAUUACUGACACAGCGUCAUGAACCUAGAGCACCUGAGCCGCAAGCUAAAGCCUUGCCAAUUGAUCGGCAACCAAUUUAUGUUCAAAAACUUGAAGACCAAGAAAAAUCACAAUUGAACAGACAAAAGCGCCAUCUACAUAAACUAUUAGGACUCGGAGGUGGAAUAUCCUUUGGCGGAGGUAGUAGUUUCGGCCACGGUGGUGGUGGAGGUUAUGGUGGUGGACAUGGUGGCGGAUAUGAUGGCGGGUAUGGCGGCCACGGUGGAUACCAGGAGCCUACGAAGACCAUUGUAGUGAAAGUUGUAAAGGAGCAUGGUCAUCAUGGAGGCGGUAAUUACGGAGGUGGCAAUUACGGAGGUGGUAACUACGGCGGUGGAUAUCCCUCGCAAAACAGCGGCUAUGGCGGAGGAUAUGGCGGAGGAUAUGGCGGUGGUGGUGGAGGAGGAGGAGGCGGUGGAGGAGGAGGUGGAGGCGGCGGAGGCUAUGGCGCAGGUUUCGGAGGUGGAUUUGGUUACGGAGGAGGAGGCGGAGGUGGUGGAAACUAUGGAGGAGGAUCCCCCUCAUAUGGCGGUCACGUACAACCAAGUCAUGGUGGUUGUGGAGGUGGCUGCGGUGGUAACUACGGUGGUAAUGGCGGCGGCACUGCGACGGCCACAGCGACGGCUACUGCGAGUGCUCAUAGCAGUUCUUACGGGUACAAAAAACGU